AUGCGACUUCUGAAGUACACAAGUGACGGCGGUCUCGGUCUAACCGAAGACUUGACCACUGACGAAAAGGUGCCUCCUUAUGCGAUCCUCUCCCACACCUGGCAGAAAGGGCAAGAGUGGACCUUUGACGACCUUUCAAGUGGCAACGGAAAACAUAAGACUGGUUAUCAAAAAGUUUUGUUUUGUGCACAACAAGCUCGGCGUGACGGCUUGGAUUAUUGCUGGGUGGACACAUGCUGCAUCAACAAGUCCAGCAGUGCAGAGCUCUCGGAAGCGAUCAACUCCAUGUUCCGCUGGUACCAAAAUUCCAAGAAAUGCUACGUAUACCUACUGGAUGUUUCGUGCAGGGACUUCGCAAACGGAGGCCAAUCUUUCCGGAAGAGCAGAUGGUUCACCCGCGGAUGGACAUUACAGGAGCUUAUUGCUCCGGCAUGUGUCGAGUUCUAUUCCUUGGAGGGUAAACAGAUCGGGGACAAGAGUUCCUUGGUGCAAGAUAUUCACAGUAUCACUGGAAUUCCUAUCCAAGCUCUUCAAGGUUGUCCUUUGCCCCAGUUUAGUAUCGACGAGCGAAUGUCAUGGGCAAAGAAUCGCCACACGGAACGGGAAGAGGAUGCAGCAUACUCUUUGCUUGGAAUUUUUGACAUCCACAUACCGCUUCUAUACGGAGAGAAACGGGAGAAAGCAUUUGCUCGACUCAAAAGAAAGAUCAUGAAAUCUUUCGAGGCUAGACCACGAAGGCGGAUGCUCUUCACCCCGCCCAAACGCACAUGA